AUGUCCCGCUCCGACAUCCACAUUGAACUAACCCAGGAAAACGUCCUCCUCAUCCGGGGCCACGUCGAGCGCCCCUACGACACCACCCCCUCCAACAAAACCAAGGCUAAGCCCGUCACCGUCACUGGCGAGAAGUGCGACGAUUGUGACUGCGGGCCUGGUAAGCCGUGUGAGGAGUGUGACAAGGCCAAGUGUGAGUGUACACAGGGGAAGCAUUGCAAUGUCUGUGGGAUGGAUACCUGUCCCAAGCAUGAAGGGGAGGGGGCGGCCAAGGCAGAGGGGAAGAAGGAUGGGAGUGAGACGAUUCGGUAUCUGUUGAAGGAGAGGUUCGUUGGGGAUUUCAGCAGGGAGUUUGCCUUUCCGGGGCCGCUGCAGGAGUUUGAUAUUGGGGCUAGCUUGGAGGAUGGGAUUUUGAAGGUUGUGGUGCCGAAGCAGGAGGUUGCCAAGGGCGGGAGGAAGAUUGAGAUUCAGUAG